UAGCUGCCAAAUAGGCGGGAAAAAACGAAAGGAAAUGCUCGUGCAAAUCGUGGCGCGGUAUAUAACCGUCGCGCAACUUGGCAGUUCGUCCUUUUCCGACAGCUACUUGCUGGUGUGAGGUCCAGAGUCGUAUCACCAUGUUGACGGAUUCACAGGAAUGUUUCUGGGGUGUUGAGUUGAGCAAGGAGCACCCCACAUACACAUGGAACUUCAACGAGGAGGACGAUGAUGAUGACUACAUGGUGCAUACGCUCUUCCUGAAGACCGCAGUCCUGGGAGCGUCCGCUGUGAAAGGGGAGAGAAAUCUGAUACAGAUCGAAACUAAGAACUUUGACAAGAAGGAUGUCAAGCAGGCUCUACUGUCACUCACCCUCGGCUCGUCGGACAUGUGCAGUUUAGAUGUAAGUUUCGGAAUGGACACGCCUGUGACCUUCAGGCUGGUGGAGGGUGCAGGACCUAUAGCGCUUGGUGGACAGCAGCUGGUUGAGUUCCCUCCAGAUGAUGAUGAAAUGGACAGCCAGGAUGAAUCUACAAUGGAGUCAACCAUGGAUGAAGAACUCACAGAAGACGAUAGCCCCAAAAAGUCAAGGAAACGGAAAGCUGCAGCUGGUGCGGACAAGAAAAAGGGGAAGAAAGGGAAACUAGAAGGAGAGACCUCUAGUGCUGAUGAUUCAGUGGAAGAUGAAGAGGAGGAGGAGGAGGACGAAGAGGAAGAGGAGGAAGAUGAGGAGGAGGAGGAGGAAGAGGAAAUGGAGCAAGAAGACUCAAAAAAGAAACCUAAGACUGCAUUGGGGAAGAAAAGACAAUUCACACCUGCAACUGGGGGAACUGAACUUACCGUGACUAUUAAGGGAAAGAAACGCAGAGUUAUUAAAGUCAAGCGAAGAUCUAAAAAUUAAGGGUACAAGAGCAAAAGGUGGAGCUAAAACAACAAAGACAUCCCCAAAGAAGGCUGCUAAGAAAACAACCAAGAAGGGCAAGAAGUGACCAAGAAAUUUGCAAUUACUGUCCUCAAAAUGAAAAUGUUAGACAUAUCAAUAAACAGCACUUGCCCAAAGA